GGCUGUACAAAACGCCGUACCUGUCCAGUUAGAUACUAUCUGCGGCAAUGCGCUUCGGUAAAGUCCCGCCUGCAGAUGCCAUGGUAGCAAAUUAAAACUGCAUCCUACCUGACAUUUGCUGUUUGCUGGCUCGAAUGAUUUAAAGUACCUGGAAACAUACGUGCACAUGGCUCGCCCCUGACCUAUAGCCCGCUGGGGGCCUAGUCGCAAUUAAUUAUUAGUAGGGGACAGAAAUGGCAGCACAGCUUUCGGCGGAGAUAUCAAUACUGUCAGGAGGAGCCUCAGUGAGCGCUAUCAAGGCGUCCCGCGGUGCAGCGCUUGGGCUUCAGCUGCCAAAGGAACCUCUUCCGCAACACAUUCCGAAAAUUGUUCGGGUCGAGCGGAAGCACACCCUGAAGGGCCAUGCGGACGCAGUGACCAGCCUGUGCUUUUCACCAGAUUCAUUCCUGCUUGCAUCGGGCAGCGAUGACAACACCGUGCGCAUGUGGGACGUUCAGUCAGGAAACUUGCGAACCAUUUUCACAGGGCACAACGCUAAGGUGCACGCCCUCAAUUUCAUCGGUUCGGGCACCAUCCUGUUCAGCGUUUCGAAAGACAGAACCAUCAUAGAAUGGGACCUGCUCAGAGGCACGCUGCGGAUGACGCUUGAAGGGCACGGUGCGCCGGUCUACGGAGUAUGCGUAUCUAAGGACAGCCAGAAGAUUAUCACCUGCAGCCACGACGAGACGAUACGGAUAUGGGAGAUCAUGAAGGGCAACCUCCAGAAGACGGUUAAGGCGCACACGAGCACAGUCUACAGCGUUGUGCUGUGCCCGGACGGCAAGCUCAUUGCAACGGCCUCCGCGGACAAAACCGUUAAGCUCUGGGACCUGGGGACGGGCGAGCUGAAGGCCACGCUCAUAGGCCACACCAGCCACGUCGUGGGUGUGGCGUUCACGCCGGACGGCAAGAAGCUGCUGAGCGCGGGGUGGGACGAGGUGAUCAAGUGCUGGGACGUUGAGACGGGCGAUGUGCUGCACACCUUCACCGGCCACCAGGGCAAGGUGCACUGCGUGUGCACGGCGCCGGACGGGGACACGGUGUUCAGCGGCGGCGAAGACAAGACCAUCAAGCUGUGGCGCAUCAGCACGGGCACCUGCUUCCACACCAUCCAGCCGGACCCGCUGGGCAAGGCGAGCCACUCGGACGAGGUGCUGGCGGUGGCCAUUUCGCCCGACCAGAGCCUCCUGGCGUCUGCUAGCGCUGACAACUCAAUCCGCACGUGGAAGGUCGUUGGCCUGUAGUACACUUGGAUACGCCUAAAGUACCUACCGCGAUUUGUGUGCACGCUUUGUGUGCACAGCACUGGUGGUAGCGCCUAGCACCUGGGUGACGAAGCGCUGAUAGGCGACGUGACGUGAAGUGGCUUGUGCAUGCUUGGCUGGGCGACUGUAUGGCAGGGCGCCCCAUGACGCGCCGUAACAGUACUACAGGGCGUGUUUUUUUGACGGGGGCUGUAUAAGACGGUGGAGCGCAGAGAGGAGCAAAAGAAGGUAGCAGCAUUGCGAGCGGCGCCGCUAGGACUGUACUUUUUGAGUGUCGUGACAUUGACUGUGUUUGAACUGCAUGUACGGUACUCCCAUGUGCUAACGCGCGGGGAAGCGAGUAGCGACGCUGGGUAAAGGUAAUGGUGUAUCCUAGUGUAUCCAGGCUGUGCAGAUACCCGGGGCUAAAGGCUUAAGCUGCCUUUUGGUUUGUGGUGACCUGAAUGCCUGGCAAGCGAUUUGUCAAUACGGCCUUAAGGCGCAAUGCCUUAUACUGUUGCUUGGGGGGGGCCCGGUUGCUAUGUUUGGCGGCCAAUAACUGCCCCUCGGGCUCCGGCAUUGGUGAAUCGUGGCGCAGGCGACGUUUUGGGUGCAAGUACGUGGUCUGGUCUGGCACGUAAUGGUGGUUGUCGAUGUUACUUAGCAGCCUAGAGCGUCAUUAAAUGUCGUGUUCAUACAUGUUUGAAGUUGAGGGCUGGUGAAGACGCCGCAGCCCAGGGUAGUUCGGUCCUGCACUGCUCAAAAUGGGUUUGUUGCGGGAGGCGAACCACAUUUCUAGGACCAUCAAACCUGUG